UCAUUGUUUAUUUUAUUUGUUUUGUUUAGUCUGUUUUUGAUUCUGAAAUUUUAUUAUUUUAAAAUUAUAAAUAAAAAGCGAAAAAAUGGUUUAUAUCCAUUUUCCAUCAAAUCUAACAGAGGAAGAAUUAAUGCUGCAAGCUAAAUAUCAAAAAUUAAAAAAGAAAAAGAAAGCUCUCCAAGCUUUAAAAGCACCUAAACAAGAACCCGAAAAACCAACUUUACCGAAGCGCCCCACCGAGGCAAGAGAUGCUCGUGAAAUAGCACGGAAGCUUAUAAAGAGUGGCGCCAUUCAAGCUAUAAAAAGUCCUCCGCCUCAACCACAAAAUGCUACAUUUAAAAGACCGCGAGCUGGAAGAGAACGCAAGCUCAGUGGCUCUACAGGAGCCACAGGUGGAGUUGCAUCGUACCAGCCUUUCAGUGCAUCUCAGGAGCCUCCACCGCCUGAUGAUAAAUCAGCUCCAAGAGUUAAAUAUCUAUAUGAUUCAUUUGUUACUGCAAGAGAAAAGGAAGAGAAAUCUGGACGUAACGGCAGCGAAACUCCGCACACGAGUGGGAAGAGCACUUUCUUGCAAAUAUUAGGAGCAAAGAUCACGGAAGAAGUGAUGCGACGACGUCUGGCGUCGUUUGAACCGUUUAUAUUCACACAAGAGCCAGAAGAAGAGAAAGUCUACUUGGCAUUUGAGAGUGCUGAAAUGGCGUCACACGCGCACGCUGCUCUCGACGGCUGUGAGGAAGGGUGGCGGGUCACUUUCGUGAGGAGACCUCCUCAAGCUGCAGGAUCCUGGACCCCAACGCCAUCAGCUAGGAACGCUCCACCUCCAAAGGACCCCAAGCGAACUCUUGUAGCUUAUGACGAUAUGUUUGAAUGAAAUUAAACUUAUAUCAAACUA